AUGGCUUCAGCUCGCGACCAACUCCUUACAGCUUUGUCCGAAGCAGCCUCACAACAGCCAGAACGUAUAAAAGCAGCAGAAGCUCAUCUUAGGCAAUGGGAAGUUGAGCCCGAGUUCUAUUCGACUUUGUUGGAUGUAAUUCUUGACAAAUCAAUCGAUGCAAACAUCCGAUUUCUUGGUGCUAUUUUCUUUAAGCAUGGAAUCGAUCGAUAUUGGCGAAAAUCCGCGAAAAAUGCCAUAAAUCCCGACGAGAAAGCAAAAAUAAGAUCAAGGCUGUUGUUUUUCAUGGAUGAGGAAUUUAAUCAGCUAGCAACUCAGAAUGCCAUAUUGGUAUCAAAGAUUGCGAGACUAGAUUUUCCGAAUGAAUGGCCGGAUUUACUUCAGAGUCUCUUGUCCAUCAUUCAUUCAACAUUAACACCCUCCUCGAAUACUCAAACCAUAUUAAUACAAAAACGAGCAUUACUCACGUUGCAUUUGGUCAUCAAAUCCUUAUGUUCCAAAACCAUUGGUGCAGAUAGAAAAAUGUUAGAGCAGAUUGCACCAGAAUUAUUUCGCAACGUUGCUAGCAUAUAUGUUGAACACGCAAAUAGAUUCUUUGCAAUGAUCUCGUCAAACGACUUUGGGGAUACUACGGAUCUAGAGACUUCAUUGUCAGCCUUAAAGUGCAUACGAAGAUUGAUUGUUCAUGGAUUUAGGGAUAUUAGUCAAGUUGAGGAAACAAAAGAUUUUUUCGCUUUGUCCUUGGAACAUUUGCAAAAGUUUCAUGCAUUGAGAAACGCGUUGCAAGAAAACACAUCUCCUACAUUAGUACAAGUCUCCGCGCAUAUUAUUCUAAUAGGAAAAAUGUACAUUGACUUACUGAAGUCACAUACAGUCGCGUUUAUCAUGACUCCGCGGUCUAUCGAUGUUAUUCAUUUCUAUUUGCAAUUACUUGUCACGUAUGGGAAAUCUAGUGAAAAAGGCAACUCCGCAAAGUUCAAUAUAAUCGAAAAAUUUUUGGUGCAAGCGUUAUUGUUAUUGAAAGGAUUGAUCAGAAAAACCUCUUACAACCAAGAUCUUAGAG